AUGGCACAAACACCCAACCUACAGCCGGUCAUACGGCAAACUAUCGAGAUUUUCAUAGAAGGUGUGUCUGUCACCCUGUCUAUUAUUCGCCGGGAUGGACCUCUGCCACCAAUCUUCUUUUUGCAUGGCUUUGGCGGCACAAAAGAAGACUAUGUCGACAUUGCACUCAAUCCUCUCUUUGUUGGCCGACCUUUCCUCGCCUAUGACGCUCCUGGUAGUGGAGAAUCGACCAUGUCCGACAUGUCAAAGCUGUCGAUGCCUCUACUUGCCUCGAUAGCUGAGAAGGUUUUAGAAUAUUUCAACAUUACCCAUCAUCACCUCGUCGGACACUCAAUGGGAGGUCUUGUAUCGAAUUUACUGGCCCAAAGACAAUCAUCUUCAGUGUUGAGUUUUAUCAACAUCAAAGGAAACCUGGCACCCGAAGACUGUUUUCUGAGCCGACAAAUUCUACAUUUUCCUUCCGACGACCCGGACAUGUUUGUCGAGGAGUUCAUCAAACGAACUCGCACAUCGCUGCUUUAUAGCAACGGACUAUACGCUGCUUCUUUUCGCGCAAAGGUGCAGCCGGCAGUGAUUCGGCCCACUUUUGAAUCUAUGGUAGACUGUACCGAUAACGGAAAUCUAUUAGAGGCCUUUGAAAGCUUCAAAUUUCCCAGGAUGUACAUGUUUGGUGAGCAAUACUCUUCCCUGUCGUAUCUGCCACGGCUGGUCAAUGCAGGAGUUGAGUUGGCCGAAAUUGCCCACAGUGGCCACUUUGUCAUGUACUCGAAUCCUGUAGCAAUGUGGGAACGGAUUGGGCAGUUUUUGGGUCGAGUUGAGUACUGGAAAGGAGAAGAUGUACCUUAG